UCAGACCUGAAGUGAUGUUACAGGGAAUGAAACAAAUACAACAUUUAUUUUAAAAACAACACAAGGGGGACCUCCUUUUCUGGAUUUAGAACCAGAAGAACAAGAAUCCCUUACCUUGCUGCAAGGAGAUGGGAGAAACACAGAAGCAACGGAGCAGCAUCAACAAAGGAACCCUGCAAUAUCUAAUCACACUCUUUGUGUGGAAGGCAGUUUCCGGGCAGAUUAGCUAUUCCAUUCCUGAAGAGAUGCAGAAAGGCUCCUUUGUGGGGAAUAUUGCAAAGGAUCUAGGACUAGAUGGAAAGCAUCUCUCAGAACAUGGACUCCGGAUCAUUACCAGGACAGGUAUGAUUCAGUAUUUUGCUUUGAAUUUCAACAGUGGCAUUUUACAAACGUCAGAGAGAAUAGACAGAGAAGCAAUCUGUGGACAGGCAGAGAAGUGCACCUUAAAUUUUCAGGUUAUUAUGGAGAAGAAAUUAAAGAUUUAUGGAAUAGAAGUGGAAAUUUUAGAUAUUAAUGAUAAUGACCCUCAGUUCCAUCCAUGGGAACAGCAACUUGAAAUUAGUGAAGCAUCUACUUUGGGGUCCCGUUUUGACCUUCCUCAGGCUGAAGACCCAGAUCUGGGUAUAAAUUCGAUUCAAAGUUAUCAACUUACAGGCGGCAGCCAUUUUUCUUUGCAAGUCCAAAUGGAUGAAAAUGGCAUUAGACACACUGAACUAGUGUUGGAUAAAUCUCUGGAUAGGGAAGAGAAAUCAGUUCAUGAUCUAAUCCUCACAGCUUCUGAUGGGGGAGAACCCAUGAGAUCCGGCACUGCUCAAAUCCAUGUAAUUGUUUUAGAUACCAAUGACAACGCUCCAGUUUUCAGCCAACCUGUCUAUGAAACUAGUAUCACAGAGAACAUUCCUAAAGGAUCCACAGUAGUUACAGUAAAAGCAAUUGAUCUGGAUGAAGGAAUUUAUGGGGAGAUAAAAUAUUUAUUCUUUAAAAUUACAAACAAAUUUUCCCAAAUAUUUCUCCUUAACUCUACAACAGGUGAAAUAACUCUUGGUGGAAACCUGGAUUAUGAAGAAUCUUCCUUAUAUGAAUUUGAGGUACAAGCUAAAGAUGGGGGAGGACUCAGUGGUAGAUCAAAAGUUGUGAUUUUCGUUGUGGACUUGAAUGACCAUGCACCUGAAUUAGAGGUAACCUAUCUCACCAAUGACAUUUUUGAGGACUCACCAGUUGGAACGGUUGUUGCCAUUCUUAAUGCACAAGAUAGCGAUUCUGGAAGUAACGGGGACAUCACAUGCUCCAUAGAUCCAGACCUCCCUUUUCGGCUGAAAAAAUCUAUGGAUAACUUUUACAGUUUGGUGACAGACGAUGUCCUGGAUAGAGAGAAAGUGGCAUCCUACAGUAUCACCCUCACAGCUGCUGACCAUGGGAUUCCUCCUCUUUCUACAACCACUGUAAUAGCUGUAAGCCUUUUAGACACAAAUGACAACCCUCCCCUCUUUGCAGAAUCAGCGUACACAUCUUAUCUCCUGGAGAAUAAUUUGAGAGGGGCCUCCAUCUUUUCCUUUAAAGCAGAUGAUCCAGACUGGGAAGAGAACUCCAGAAUAACAUAUUCCAUUAUGAGUGGACAUGAUCAGUUCCCUCUCUCAUCUUACCUUUCCAUUAAUUCUGAAACUGGUGUUGUCUAUGCAUUGAACUCUUUUGAUUAUGAAGAGCUGCAGGAGAUCAACUUCUGGGUCAAGGCCAAAGAUGGAGGCUCCCCUCCACUCAGCUCCAAUGUCUCUGUGACUCUCUUAAUUUUAGAUCAGAAUGACAAUGCCCCCCAGAUAUUGUACCCUUCUACUCCCACCGAUGGCUCCACUGGAGUAGAGCUGGCCCCUCACUUUUCUGAGCCUGGAUAUCUGGUCACUAAGGUGGUGGCAGUGGAUGCAGAUUCUGGCCAGAAUGCUUGGCUUUCCUAUCAGUUACUGAAGGCCACAGAGCCAGGGCUCUUCACCAUAGGACUUCAUACUGGAGAGAUCAGGACAGCCCGUUUCUUCCUGGACAAGGAUGCUCUCAAGCAAAGCCUGGUGGUUUUAGUGAAGGACAAUGGGCAGCCCCCUCUGUCUGCCUCAGUCACUGUCACUGUGGUGCUGGCUGACAACAUCCCUGAUAUAUUGACUGACUUGAGCAGCAUCUCAGCUCCUCCAGACCCCCAGUCAGACCUCACCUUCUACCUGGUGGUUGCUGUGGCUUUUGUCUCCUGCUUGUUUUUCACUUUCCUCCUUGUGUUGCUGGCCAUCAGGAUGUACAGAUGGAGAACUUCACAUCUGUGUGAUUCUGGGAGUGUAAAUUUCAGUGGUGUCCCAGUUUCACAGUUUGUGGGGAUUGAGGGUGUGAGAGCAUUUCUUCACUCUUAUUGCCAAGAAGUUUCUCUCACCAGAGAUUCUAGGAAAAACCAGUUUAGUAGUCAACAACAGACCUGUGACACAAGUGAUCCUAUUCUAACUUUUGAAGAUUUAAAUCUUAACAAUGGAGACCAAAUCAUUGAGGUGAGUUGA